UCUCAAAAUGGGCGGUUUCAUUCGCAAAUGGGCACUUGUCUUUUGCAUUUUUAGUUUCGGUGCAUAUUAUGCUUUCGGUAUCAAUUGCGAUGUUUCAAACUUUCAAGUACAGCAAAACUUUGACCCAACCAAGUAUGUUGGUGUUUGGUACGAGAUCAGGAUGUAUUCAAAAACCCCUUUAGCAAAGAACAAAGAAUGGCAAGAUGUGACUCAUACUUAUUCCAUUUCAAAAGGCAACAAUAUAAGUGUUAUAACAACAUACAGGAAUCCUCAGACUUUGGGGACUUGUUCCAAGUUUCAGUCAACACUGAUUCCUACUAGAAGUCCUGGAAAGCUACUGUUCGAUGAACAAAACACAGACGAGAUGGUUAACUACUGGGUGAUGAAUACCGAUUAUGUGAAUUAUGCCUUAAUCUAUGGCUUUAAGGAUGAGAACACAAAUGGAACUGCAAAGGCAGCCAAGUCAUGGGUUUGGAGCAGAAAGCCAACUUUAGCGCAAUCCUUUUUACAAAACAUCAAUACUCAGCUGCAAAAUUUGUGCUUGGACAAGACUCCUGUUCAUCGUACUAUGCAAAAGAAAGGUUGUCUAAAUUCUGCUGCACCUUUACUGAACGUACCUGCAAAAGUCAUGGGAUGUGGUUUAAUCUUCCUUUACCUCUUUAAAUUUACAAGAUCAUAAUUUCUCCUGUGGAAAUAAAUUUGCAAGAAGAAAAAAUUAUUUUCACAAGUACAUGUAAACAUAUCUAUACA